GCUAUCUCGUUUUGCCGAGGUAUUUCGUGCUAUGUUAGCUCUCUUUUACUCCAAUGAUAAAUUUAUAUUUUUUCUCUUGCUCUAAUGACCUUUGUAGGAAUACGUACAUUCAACAUUUUGUUUACCUACUCUGGCUAGUAAAUGGCAAUGUUUUUGUUAUUGUGGUGAAUAAUAUUGUUCAAAGAAAAGUCUUGUGAAUUUUGUGUUGUUCUAAUAAUAUACUGGUGUAAGCAAUCCUAUUGAGGCCACGAGUAACGUGAACUAAACUAAUAAAGUGAAGUAUCUAUUGUUUGCGUUAGCAUCAUUGACAAUUUCGAUAUCAAAAGUCAUUGUGAAUAAUCAAGUGCUCACAAAAUCUUUAUUUGAUUGUAGGAUGUAGCGUUAUGUAAUCUAAGGAUGUGAUAGCUAUAAACUCGUGCAACUGACCACCUUCGGUCGAUAAUAUACUUUGUUAUUGUGUAGUGUCACGGAAUAAAUAAACAUUAGAACACGUGGGUCCCUUUGAAUAAUCGAUCGAGGCGCAAGGAGCGUGCGCCACUCUCUAUCAACGAGACUGUUUACGUCAAGGUCACUUUACGCAAACACGUGCAAUGUCGGAGUCUAUUUACACACAUGACUUCCUGCUGGAGGGAGGGGUGGAGAUCAAGCAGGAGAGUCCCUACGAGGGCAGCAUGUCGGCCUCAGUGCCCAUCCCCUCGCGCCGCGCCGAGCUCUGCGACUUCUCCUCGGAGAUCGACCUGUGUCUCCAGGACUCGUCCUCCUUCCACAACCUGCCCAGCAUGCAGUACACCAGGCUCAACUACGACACUGAUGCUAACAAACCAGAUACCAUAAAAAUGGAUGAUGAUGACAUAUUCCAAGUAGACAAAGCAGACUUAAUAUUAGGGCCGACUCUGGCCGAAUUGAAUGCCAAUCCUGACACUAUGCUGGAUGAUUUGAAUUUUGAUGAUCUUCUCUUGCCCGAGGAGAGUGGGUAUGCUGUGCAGAUAGGUGGGGCUAUGAGUGGGCAUGCUCGUCGAAUAGUAUUUGAUCAGUUGCAUGCUAAUAAUCCUAUAAUGUCGGAGAGUCCAUGCAGCCCAUACAGCCACGGCCAGCUGGCAUUCUCUCCAUCGAGCCAGCACAGCUCGGCUUCCUCAAGUUUCACUCAGCCGGUGACACAGAUACCAGAGCUGAUGAUGCGUAUGGAUGGCUACGGUGGGGAGGUUUCCCUGGGACAGUCUGUGCCGGCGUCCACAGUUCUGCCUCCAUUCGCUUCUAAUAUAAAGCCACCACACACUCAACUGUCCUCUUCUGCCCCAACACAUCUUACCAUGGAACAGAUUUGGCAAAGACGUGAGCCACGAAAGCAUUUGCUGUCAACAAGCUCCCUGGCUGAAGCAGGCUCCAUCUCAUCACUGUCCGGGGGGUUGCUCAGCCCCGUCACCGGAGACUACUCACAAGAUGAAGAUGACAGAGAUGUGGAGUCUGAUGAAGACAGUGACAGAUAUGAGGAUCUCUCUUCAGAUGAGUCAAAUGAUGAGAGCCCAGAGCACAAGCAAGCGAGAGCCAUAGCAAAAAAAGAGCGCUACUUCUGGCAGUACAAUGUGCAAGCCAAGGGCCCCAAGGGACAGAGGCUUGUGCUCAAGAAGAAGUCUGAAGACCCACACAUCCUCAAUCUGGUCACUGACCCUGUAUUCAGCCCCAACUGCAGUGUUAGAGGCAUCAAACACAGUGGCAAAGCGAGAAAAGGUGAUGGCAAUGAUUUGACACCGAACCCAAGGAAACUGUACUUGAUAGGAAAAGAACUGGACAACUUGGGCAAAGUGAUCAACGACAUGAUACCAGUGAGCGAGCUUCCGUUCAAUGUCAGACCAAAGACAAGGAAGGAGAAGAACAAACUCGCAUCCAGAGCUUGCAGACUCAAGAAGAAGGCUCAACAUGAAGCUAACAAGUUGAAACUGUAUGGAUUGCAACAAGAGCACAAACGGCUUCUCCAUGGAAUAAGUCAAAUGAAACAAGUUAUCCAGAGCAGGGUGACGAAUCCACAGAACAAUGUUGAUUGGACCUCUCACCUGAACACCAUCGUCAAUACAGCUACAGAAGUAAAAAUCGCCGGAAAAACUUCCGAGUUCGUCAAUAAAAUCCUGGAUAAUGUCAUGGCAGGUAAAAACAAUGGCGGAUUACAUGAUCUAUAAAAGUGAAAGUUGAAUACACAUUUGAAUAUAAACGAAAGGCUGUUCUGGUACCUCCAAAGUUAUUUAAUGAUGAGAAUUUUAUGUGUUAUCAUGUAAUAGCGAUUGUUUAAGAUAAAUUUAUUUUUGUAUGGUAACAACCGAGCAUGUAGUCAUUAGUAGCUUUAAGAUCCACUGUAAGAAGUUUAAGUCAUUUAUCGUCAAUCAGACUAUCGUAUAUUAUGCCAUAAGUUAGGUGUCUGUAGAUUUAUAUAGAUGUUGUUUAGCCAUAGGUAUAGCUUUACGUUAUAAAUAAGAUUUUAAAAAGUUGAAAAAUAUGUGCAGGGCUUUGCAUUUUUACAUACCUCUAUUUUUGUAAUGAGAUAAAAUAAUCACGAACUAAAGACACCAAAACCAAUGAUUUUAUAUGCCUUGCGAUUAACUGUAGUUUUACUAUAGAUACACGACAGAGAUAAGAAGGAUUAUUUUAAAGAAAGUUUAAUAUAAGUAAUAAUAUUUAUGAACACUUGUGUGUUAUUGUUAUUAUUAAGGUGCCUAAGCUCUAGCCGUUUCUUAGUUAUCAUUCUACUAUUGCAUUUCGCUGUAUUAUGAUCAUUGAAUUUCGCAUAAAAUGCCAUAUAUUUUAUCUCAGAUGACUCAGGUCUUACCAAAUUUAUCGCCUGUUUGCUACCUAAAUCAUAGAAAAACAUCUAAUUAUCGUCAAAAACAUGUGCGAACUUGGGAACGUACUAUAUGUUCCUAUACUAUACAUCUAAAUGGCUGGAGUUUAGUAUAUGCUGCGAUGAUCUGGUUUAAAACUUGUAAGCUACAUACUCACAUAUAAAUAUUAUAAAGUUAUUUACUCCAGAAGUAGUGGUGAUCACCCUGAAAAUUUACGCAAUGGCAAUAUUAGUAAACAAAGGAGUGAAACUCCUUAUUACCUUCAGAGCUUGUGACUUUAUGCGCUAUAUCUACAUAUAAAUAAAUCAUUCGUAUUCUAUAAAAUAUUACUCUUUUACAUGUCUAAAUUGAGAAACUUAUAUAGUUAACAUAUUUGCAUGGCUGUUCGUUAUUUUACUCAACGUAUUUUGUUUAUAAAUAUCUAUUAACUCCCUGAAUUGUACAGUUGUUGUCUGUUUACCAAUGAUUACAUUUUUAUAAUUGUGAUAUUUAUUUUUAACAGAACCUAAUUAUAUUUUUCAUACUUUGUUAAGUUUAAUAAUAUUUUGUUUUUAAGAUAAUUACAUAAGUAUAAUGAAUUUGUUACGAUUACGAGGUAAAAUGUAAUUUACCCAUAGGGUUAAGUAGUUUAUGUUUAGAAACGAUCUGCAAAUAUUUUAAUUUGAGGUGAAUGGUAUAAUUAUAUUCAUGCAUUAUGGUUACAAUAUAUUUCAUAUUUCUAAAUGACAAGGUUUAUAUUAAAUCAUAUCAACAAAGACUAUGAUGGUUGGACGGCCUCUUUGUAUUUAAUGUUAGCUACAUUUGGUGAAUUAUGGAUUGAUUGAGAUAGCUAUAGUUUUUAUUGAGGUACCUAUAUCAUUUGAUGACUCAGUACCUAAUUCUCUUUAGACUUUCAUAAACGCAAUAAUUUUAGAAAGUAGCUACUUCUUAAAGCCAGUUAAAAACUAUUAACCACUUAUUGAAGCCGAUUUUGAAGGCGCCAUAAUAUAUAAAAUUAGACUAUCAAAACUUAUUGUUAAUAACUCGCUGGUUUGUUCAGUUAAAUCUUAAAGUGGGCAAAUUUAAUAUCAAAAGUGCUUCUAAAUCGCAUCCUUUACGUGUAUAGGCAAAGUAUUGUCGCAUCUCAGUCGUCUGUUACAUUAGAUGUAAAUAAACACUACUGGUAUAAGAAUAAAGGUUUUGCUUGAAAUUAACUAACAUACUCAUCACGGUUAAACACAAUUUAUUAUUGCAAAGAAACAAUGAUAAGAUGCAGUCCUAAAGGGUUUAUAAUUUGUAUUCUUGUAUAAUUUUGUUUUAAAGUAAUAUGUGCACUUUUUAUACCUUACUAUGUAUCAGCUCUAUGACAAUGUUACAAUGUUGGUAGCCACAUAAAUACCAAACAGUCGACAUGAUAAAUAUGUAUCGUGUACACGUUUUCUUUGGUGGUUCAUAAAGAUUCGUUCUGACAAGGUACAAAAAUGCACAUGUACAGUACUUACUAUGUAUUUGCAUAUUUAUCUAGUUGACUGUAGGUACAUUGGUUAUCACUUUUUAAUGUAACAAGGUUCUGAAGUGUACUCAUAUUCAACUGUUUAUCUAUUAUGUGAAGAUGGACUGUAAACCAGUAUCAGUUAUAAAUGAAUAAUAACAUCAUAUUCAUAAUAUUGAUAUUUAAAUCCAAUUUUGGUCCUAUAUUUUUGCUACAAAAUGAUUUAAACGUACGUACAACUUAAUUAUUGCACUACAUAGUAUUGUGGUAAAGGGCCUCUUAUAAUGUACCUGAGAAUUAUAUAAAAACCUGGCACAUAUUUUAUGAAAAAUAUCAAUAUUAUUAUUGUGAUGGGUAGGUAUACUGAAUACCUAGUUAGUCACUGACUUGCCAGCAACUCCAAGUUUCAGCAAUAGUACAAAGAGUAAGCAUUAAUGUGCCAUUCAUA